AUGCUCUCUCUCCGUACUGUCGCGCGCUCUGCGCCCCGGGCUAUCGGCCGCAUGACGGCGGCCUCCUCCGCCAUGGCCGCCCGUCCCAGCGCGCUCCUCUACAAGCAGACUACGUCCUACAUGGCGCGCCCCGUGGCCGCCAACUUCUCCACAUCCAUCGGCCGCUGGGCUCAGAAGAAGGGCGAGACCGACGAGGAGCUCUCUGCCAAGCUGGACUCGGAGAUCCAGGUCGAGGAGGAGAUGAAGGCAAAUGAGCAGGAUCCCGCCAGCGUCAAGGACUUUCUGGCCAACACGGCCUUUGAGCUGGUUGACUCUCCCGGACAGGAAGUUGUCAAGCUCGUCCGCAGCUUUGGCGAUGAGAAAAUCACCGUCAGCUUCUCCAUUGCCGACAUUACUAGCUACGACCCCUACGGCCAGGAUCCCGCCCUCGAGGACGAAGAGGCCUUUGAUGACGAGACGAACAUGCAGAACUCCAACAAGCAGUCGCACGUCCAGUCUACUGGUGGCGCUCGCUCUGCUCCCGCAGAGGAGGAUAUUGAGGGCGAGGAGGACGAGUUCGACGAGCCCCCGACCCCCAUCAGCCUCUCCAUCCUGGUCGAGAAGCCCGGCAAGGCGGGUGGCGCCCUGACCAUUGACGCCUCCGCCGCCAACGGCAACAUCCAGGUCGAGAACCUGCACUACUGGGACGAUGUCUCGGUGGCCAAGGCCGAGGGCCCGGAGGCGACACACAAGCGCGCCGAGCUCUACCCCGGCCCUCCCUUUGGCACCCUCGAUGAUGACCUGCAGGUGCUAAUGGAGCGAUACCUCGAGGAGAGGGGCAUCACCCAGGCGCUGGCCGUCUUUGUGCCCGACUAUGUCGACGUCAAGGAGCAGAAGGAGUACGUCCGGUGGUUGAACAACAUCAAGAACUUUGUCGAUGCGUAA